AUGAGCAACAGUUCUGAACACAACUCAACCGCUACGGUUUCCAACACGUUCUUCCCUCCCACCUUCAUGUAUCCAGUGGCGACGUGUCACAUCUUAAUUGUCGCGGUGGCAGCCCUCGGAAACCUCAUAGUUUGUUACGCGAUAAUCGCUAACAAAAGUCUCCGAAGCAGCCCAACAAAUUUGUUCAUUUUCUCGUUGGCGUUCUCGGACCUUCUUACUGUAACAUUAGCAGUGCCAUUUGACGUAGAAGGCCUUUUCCUUAACUGGGCUUGGAAGCAUGGAGAAAUAAUGUGCCACCCACGUCCAUUUUAA